CACGCACAGGCUUCAGGGCGCCCCUGGCCCCGCCACGUUGGGAAAGCUCCCAGCACCAAGCACUGUGGAGCCUGCCUGCCCAAUGACGCCCCGCUGCUGCCUCCUCUCCUUGGUGCUGAGUGUCGUGCCAGCAGCCCUGGCCUUGCAAGAUGGCGACUUGGGUCAGAGGGUGCAACAGGGAGAGAGUCGGAGCUCUUUCAACGCCUCGUUCGCCCCAAGCUUUGAAGUCUCUGUGGGGCCCCCAUCGGGGGAUGUUGUCAUAGCCAAGGAGGGGACAAGUGUGUCCAUGGAGUGCCUUCUCACAGUCGGCCACCAGGAAGACGUCCACUGGUACAACUCCAAAGGACAGCGGCUGGACGACACAGGCAGAGGUGGAAAGUGGUUGGUUUCUGAUAACUUCCUGAAUAUCACCAGUGUAGCCUUUGAUGACCGCGGGCUCUAUACCUGUCUCGUCACCUCCCCCACCCAUGCCUCCUAUUCUGUCACCCUGCGCGUGGUCUUCACCUCGGGGGACAUGAGCGUCUACUACAUGGUGGUCUGCCUGGUCGCCUUCACCAUCACCCUCAUCUUGAACGUCACCCGCCUGUGCAUGAUGAGCAGUCAUCUUCGCAAGACCGAAAAGGCCAUCAACGAGUUCUUCCGCACCGAGGGGGCUGAGAAGCUCCAGAAGGCCUUCGAGAUCGCCAAGCGCAUCCCCAUCAUCACCUCGGCCAAGACCCUGGAGCUGGCCAAAGUCACGCAGUUUAAGACCAUGGAGUUUGCGCGCUAUAUCGAGGAGCUGGCCCGGAGUGUCCCCCUGCCGCCCCUCAUCCUCAACUGCCGGGCCUUCGUGGAGGAGAUGUUUGAGGCCGUGCGCAUUGAUGACCCAGACGACAGGGGUGAGAGGCUCAAGGACAGGCCCGCCUUGGACGCGCAAGGUGGCAUCUACAUCAUUAGCCCGGAGGUGGGCCGCAGCGAGUCCCCCGGAGGAGACUCAGACGAUGGGUCACUGAGUGAGCCUGGCCAGGAGAUCGCUGUUCAGGUCUCAGUUCACCUCCAGUCAGAGACGAAGAGCCUCGAGACAGACUCUCAGGACAGCGGUCACCUCAGCCCACCUGAUGACGUGGUGUCCGUGGAGCCAGGCUUCCCCUGCAGAGACGCCACCUGUACCUCCUGCCCGCUUUGAGGCAGCUCUCCAGCGGCAAACUGGCUGUGUGCAGGAAGUGACAGCUUCGACCAUUGUGACUGUCUUCUCUCCCCUUGCUCCUCUGAAGUGCAUCCGUCGGAGGGUGAAUGUUGCCAAAGUAGCAUCAGAAUCAGCCUCUUUCCUCUCUGGCGUUUCCUAGUCAUUUCCCUCCAGACAGCCCUGGCAACUCGCGCUGAGAUUCACAGGCCUCCAGAGCCCCAGCCAUGAGAGCGUUGGUGACUGCUUUCCCAUCCCCUUCUUCCGGGUAGCUCUCCUGCUCUCUCUGAGGCCUCGUCCUUUCUAGUCCUAAAAUGUCCUUUCUCAGCGUCAGCACCAAUGGGUAAGCCCUCCCAGGGCUCUUGUCUCCCACGUUAGGCCCACCUGAGAUGCCCCGGAGCCGGGUGCCACACACUGGCAGCACACAGCCGUGUCCAGGCGCCUGCUCCGACCAGCCUGUGCUCUGUCAUACUGCAACACGCGGGGGCUGGUGCUCGUUUGUCAGCUACUUUUUGUUCCCAUUUUCAGACUGGGUGGAGGAGACCACUGAGCUCCCGAGCCGGCGGUGAUUUCCAGCCAUUUGUUGCAAAGGACCUUUUCCGUGCGUCCAUCAGGUCAUCCGGGUCUGGGAGAGCCUGGGCUUUGGUGUCUCUGUGAAUAGGAUUUCUCCAGCUCUGGGCCCCUCUAGAGAGUGCUUGUUGGAGACCUGCCGGGCCGGGCUGCCCAUUCGCAUGUUCCCUCCUGGGCUGGGCUGUGGUAUUGGGAUGUUUGGUUUUCCUAGUGUCCGCAGUGGUGGCGUGCCUGCUCUGUGCAGGGGCACACACACGCCACAAAGGACUCGGCCCUCCAUAGAGAGAGAAGUCGCACAUGGGGUCACCCUCCCCAGGAGCAAUCUCUGUCGCCUUUCCAAGCACCGGCCACCGGGCUGCAUUGGCUGCUUCGCCUUCUGUCAUGUCAUUGCACUCGCGGUCAGUGUGGGAGACGCUCAGAGAAGGGUCUGUCAGGAUUUGAAUUCCAGGUUUCACAUAGAGGAAAACAAGAAAUGAAAAGUGUUGCCUGGAAGAACCCGGGCCUGCUUCAUUCCAGCUUCUCAAAAGCCGAUUGCGGGAGAGACAUGAACAAGCCAGUGUGCAGCUUUGUCAGAGGCCACACGGGGAGAGACGAUGUUGCUGCUCCAGAGCCAAGCAGAAGCUGCCCAUCAUUUUGCCGGGGCUGGCCUCGAUGCCUAGGCUGCGUCUCUGUAAAGGAAGUGUUUUGUACCUGGGCUAGGGAGCAAGGGCUCUUGAACAUGGAGAAUUAUUACAGAUCCCAGAACACUUUUCUGAAACAGGAUGUUUCUGUUAAAAAGUUAAGUCUUGGGACCAGAGCGAUAGCACAGUGGGGAGGGUGUUUACCUUGCACGUGGCCGACCCAGGCUUAAUCCCCGGCAUCCCAUAUGGUCCCUCUAGCACCUGAGUAAUUCCUGAGUGCAGAACCAGGAGUAACCUCUGAGCAUCGCUGAGUGUGACCCAAAAAGCAAAAAAAGAAUAGUGAAAAGUUCAGUCUUCAGUUGCCUUCCUGAGGCCCGUGCCUGAGUACCAGUGGGAGAGGCGUUCUUCAGACACACCGAGGGCUGCUCCACCUGUGCUCACAUGGGCGCCCGGGGCCCCCGGUGCACACAGUGACCAGCCAAAAUUCCAGGAAAAGCCUGUCAGAAGGUGGGAGGACACUGCAAUAAAUAUGCAAAUAAUAAAGGCGAUCCUGGAUAGUUAGUUUGAAAACAUGACAACAACUUAAUUUGGUGUUCAAGUAACUGGUUUACUUGGAGUACUCCAGACUGCUGUGCCAUUGAGAAAGAAUUAAAGUAGGUCAAAAUUUCAUCAGCAUUUGUGUUACUUUUUCUGUAGUUAGUUUUCAAGAGAAAUAAAACCAUACUUACUAAUAUUUUCUUCAAUGUAAUAUUUUUCAUACAAUCAUGAUAUCUUUUUAUAGACUCCUUAGCCUUUGGAACUUGAAGUCUCUUGACUAUAACUGUCAUUUAAUAUUCUUUUGUCAAGAGUUUCAUGGUGAGAGAAAAUCUUUUUAUUUAACCAAAUGUAUUUUAUGUAAUUGGGUCAUCUAUUUGUACAUUUUGUAUUGUGAUUUAAUGAACUUUACUGUCCACUUGAAAUACUGUCUUUGUGAAAUAAAUCUAUCAAGAGCUACA